AUGGCUUCCGCCUGCGCCGCUCCUCCCCCUCCCCUUACUCCGGCUCCUCCACCCUCCUCCCCCUUUUCCCGGCGCCCGCCCGACUGCGCAGCCGCGAUCCCGGAGGGAGCGCUCCCUCUCCGCGCGCGGCCGGCUCUGUGCGCGCUCCCGCUCCGCGCGCCUCCCCAGCGGGGUCUGGCGGCCCGGGAAUGCCUGACCCCGGCCGCCGCGGCUUCCCCGGCAGCAGACCUGCGCCCGACCGCAGCCGAGCGAUGCCAGAAAAGGGAGAGAAUACUAAUGAGCUGUGAAAUGACCAAAAAUCAGGCAGCAGAAGGGAAAAGAAGAAAUAACGGGUUUGAUGAGUUGAAGUCCCUUCAAGCUGGUUCCUGAGUCCUUUUGAUCAUUUUUUGGAGUAUUUCCUCACUCUCUGGGACAAGAAGAUAUUCCAGGAUCUCAUACUUUCCCUGCCCCAAGUGUAUAAUCAGCCUUUUUCCCAAGGAGCUCUGAUUCUUUUUGUUGGAGAAUGAUAUUAAAUAAUAUUUAGAAACCAA